GCUGAUCCUUUCUGCCUCCUUUCAAGCUGGUUAUACUGGAGAAAGUUGAGGGGCAGGCUACAGAAAUUUGUCCCAUUCUUCCUAGAGCCCUCAGGUUUCACCCCCCUAUCAUUUCUGCAGUUAAAUUGUCGCCAUGGUGUAAGCUUGUUAGUCAUUCCCUUUAGUAGUUUUUUUUAUUGGUUAAAAUUACUUUCAGUCCUUUUUUUUUUCUACUCUGACGUCCUGACAUUUUACAUCCAAGAAAGUCGACCCUUCACUUCGUACACAGUCAGAUUUCCAGAUAUGAAGGGGAUUUUGUUCUUCCUCUUAACUAGUCUCUUGGUGCUAGUCCAUUCGCACAUCAUUCUGGAAGAAAAGAAAUAUGGGUCCAACAGUGGAAGUGUAAUCAGGUUUUCAGAGCUGCUCCCGCCUAUCUCUAUUGUGGAUUUGACCAAGACAUCAAGAAGAGUAAGCAGAGUGGAUGCUGAAAAAAAUAAAUUGGCAAAGAGGAAAGUUCCCCCAAAAAAGAAGCCAAGACCCCCUCCUCCACCGAAUUGCGUUCCUCUUCUUUCAAGCUGCAAAGCUCCAGCCGCCCCAUGCUGUUACCACUGUGCGAUCUGCCACUGUCAACUCUUUCAGACAGUCUGCUAUUAUAAGAUGGGCUACCCCAACUGCUAGAAGGAAACACCUUUAGGGUAGAGCAGCAGUACUGUAGCAGUUAAGUCACAGAAGCUACAAAAGCCAGAUUAUUCUGGAACUAAAGACUAUACUUGGUAUAAUAAAGUAUAUGAUAUAUAUAUAUAUAUAUAUAUAUAUAUAUAUAUAUAUAUAUAUAUAUAUAUAUAUAUAUAUAUAUAUAUAUAUGAAGCACCAUCCGCCAUCUUUAAUUGACCUCUUUCCUAGUGGUGCCUUGAAAUCCAUAUAUGAAUGAUUUUCCAGUGAACGGCUAAG